AUGGAAGUAGCCUGGGCUCGUUUUGAGAAACAACCACCGAAUAAUUUACGUAAAAGCAAUUUCUUUCAUUUCAUUAUUGCUUUAUAUGAUCAAAAUAGGCAUCCAAUUGAAGUGGAACGUGCUGCAUUUAUUGAUUUUGUCGAAAAAGAUAAAGAACCAGAAGGUGAAAAAACCAAUAAUGGAAUUCAUUAUCGAAUACGUUUAUUAUUUGCUAAUGGUGUUCAACAAGAUCAAGAUUUAUACAUUCGAUUGGUGGAUUCAUCGACAAAGCAGUCUGGUUAUAUAACAGCUACUACUACUACUACUACUACUACUACCAACACUACUACUACUACUACUACUACUACUACUACUACUACUACUACCCCUACUACUACUACUACCCCUACUACUACUACUACUACCAACACUACUACUACUACUACUACUACUACCAACACUACUACUACUACUACUACCAACACUACUACUACUACUACUACUACUACUACUACUACUCCUACUACUACUACUACUACUACUACUACUACUACUACUACUACUACUACUACUACUACUACUACUACUACUACUACUACUACUACUACUACUACUACUACUACUACUACUACUACUACUACUACUACUACUACUCACACUACUACUACUACUACUACUACUACUAUGGUGUAUACUACUUGCAACAGAGCUUAUAAGUAG